UCUUUGUACAAUAUUGUUGAUGGGACAAAGAAGUGGACAUCAAAAAAGAAGCAAGAAACUAGAGCUGCCACUAAGCAAGACCAUGAUGACAGAAGCAGGAAUACAAAGUAAUAAAGAGGAAGCCAAAGAGCCAAAGGCCGAAGAGCAGAGGCUAACAUCAGUCUUUGGUGUGGCAGACUUAAAAAAUGGCCUCACUUCCUCUUUUUCUGUGCCUACAGAAGCUAUUGGACUGUACAACAUUGGACAGAGCUGCUGUCUGAACUCUGUGCUCCAAGUGUUCCUCAUGAAUACACACUUCACAGGGAUACUUCGAAGGAUCACAGUGCCACCAAGUCCUGUACAGAAGAGGAAGGAUGUCCCAUACCAAAUGCUCCUGCUGUUGGAGGCAAUGCAGUGUGGCAAGCAGAAAGCUGUUUCUCCCACAGCCCUCGCUUUCUGUCUUUCAGAAUACAGAGUGAAAUUGUUUGUGCAGCAUGAUGCUUCUCAGCUCUUUCUGACUCUCUGGAACUUGAUAAAGAGGCAGAUGAAAAAGCCAGAGCUGGUUGAAGAGCUGGGUGAUUUGUACACUAUCUGUGUACAGGAGCAUCUGGCCUGUCAGAAAUGCUCUUUUGAAACAAAGAGGAACAGCAGCAUGUUAACCCUUCCACUCCCGAUGUUGGAUUCCAAUUCUCACAUGCUGAAGACUCUGGAGGACUGUCUGCAAUACUUUUUCCUUCCAGAAGAGUUGACUGAUCACAACAUGUGUUUCUGUGAACAGUGUGGAAGGAAAACACCUUUUUUGCAGAGCAUGAAGCUAGUCCAUCUGCCACAGACUCUGACCAUACACCUAAAGCGCUUCUGCUUCAAAAAAUCAGCCUGUAUUCACAAGCUUAGUCACUAUCUGCCAUUCCCACAAGACCUUGAUUUCAGUGCAGUCCUGACAGAAAAUCAGUGCCAAGCAGAUGACAGUGAAAAGGCUGCCUGGCAGUAUGAGCUUUUUGCUGUUGUAGCUCAUUCAGGAUCAGCUAAUUGUGGACACUACUGUGCCUAUAUUCGAAGUCUCACAGAAUGUAAAUGGUAUUGCUUCAAUGAUUCUGAGGUCUGCCAGGUAUCGUGGGAUGAUGUUAAAUGCACCUAUGGACAUUCCAACCUCCACUGGGGAGAAACAGCCUAUCUCUUGAUUUACAUGAAGAAACAUCCUCAGUAGCCUUAUCCAGGAGUGUCAGAAUGUCUUGGGAAGCUGUGUGUUAGUGGAGCUCAGCACCUCUGUGCCAGUGUGGACAUGUACAAAUGUUCCACAAGAAAGACAUUCUGCACUCAAUCAGUGACCUCUACCUUCACAUUUACUUCUGAAAAAAGUGCAGAAGAGACUCAGCUAGAGAAAGGAUCUAAGAACUGUUGCACCUAGAAAUGUUUUCUUUCAUAUAUUUUUAUAUUUAUGUGAUUCUAUAUAUUAAUUUCCCCUUAAGAGAUAGUGAAGUUCUCAUCUCUGUUGACUUGCCAGUUGCUUUAAUGCUGAGGCCUAGAUUCUAGUAUAGGGGAAGCGUUUGGCCUGAAAGUCUUGAGAAACAGCUGGAACAAUGACCAGAACCCUUAUGAUACAUGCAUCAGUGAUGUUUACUCCUUAAAACCUCCCUGAAAAUUAAUCACUGCAGGGGUUGAGAUAUGUUUGAAAGUUGGUGUCAGCAUAAAGAGGUGUUUCUAAAUCGGGAGCUAUUGUAGUUCUUACUUACAAGGCGGGUUUGUAUAUAUUUAUGCAGAUGAUUAUUGUUUUAGCAUGUUUAUCGGGCAUUUAUUGCAUUUUCUUUCCUGUAUAGAUGUGGUGGGUUGACCAUGGCAGGAUGCCAGGUGCCCACUAAACCUGCUCUAUCACUCCCCUCAGCUGGACAGGGCUGCAGGGCACAGCCUGCCUCACCAUGGGCUUCACCAGAGGCUGCAGGGGACUCUCUCC